CCUCCUCCUCCUCCUCCGGCACUGGCGGCGGCGCAGCACACGCGGCAGCUGCAAUGACAGCCGCUGCAGCAGCCGGGCAGCGACCGGCGGAGGAGUGAAGGGGCCGUAGCCGCCCGCCGCCGCAAGAUGAACGCCUCCCUGGACGGCGGCAACCACAGCGGUGGCGGCGGCGGCGGUGGCGGCAGGCCCUUCUGCCUUCUGGUGGCCGGCUACCCAGAGGCCCUGGACAUCUGCCUGCUGGAGGUGAUCAUCAUCGUCUUCCUCACCGUCCUCAUCAUCUCGGGCAACAUCGUGGUCAUCUUCGUCUUCCACUGCGCGCCGCUGCUCAACCACCACACCACCAGCUACUUCAUCCAGACCAUGGCCUACGCGGACCUGCUGGUGGGCGUGAGCUGCCUGGUGCCCUCGCUCUCGCUGCUGCGCUACCGCGUCGCCUUCCUGCCCGAGUCCCUGGUCUGCAAGGCCUUCGGCUACGUGGUCUCGGUGCUCAAGAGCGUCUCCAUGACCUCCCUGGCCUGCAUCAGCGUGGACCGCUACAUCGCCAUCACCAAGCCGCUGAGCUACAACACGCUGGUCACCCCCUGCCGGCUGCGCCUCUGCAUCCUGCUGCUCUGGCUCUACUCGGGCGCCGUCUUCCUGCCCGCCUUCUUCGGCUGGGGCAAGCCCGGCUACCACGGGGACAUCUUCCGCUGGUGCGCCGACUCCUGGGACACGCGCGCCGCCUUCACCCUCUUCAUCGUGGUGGUGCUGUAUGCGCCGGCCGCCUUCGUGGUGUGCUUCACCUACUUCAGCAUCUUCCGCAUCUGCCAGCAGCAUACCCGCGAGAUCAACGAGCGGCGGGUGCGCUUCAGCGCGCAGGAAGGGGAGGCGGCCGAGGCCCAGCCCUGCCCGGACAAGCGCUACGCCAUGGUCCUGCUGCGCAUCACCAGCGUCUUCUACAUCCUCUGGCUGCCCUACAUCAUCUACUUCCUCCUGGAGAGCUCCUCCGUCUACCGCAGCCGAGUGGCCUCCUUCCUGACCACCUGGCUGGCCAUCAGCAACAGCUUUUGCAACUGUGUCAUCUACAGCCUGUCCAACAGUGUCUUUCAGAAAGGCCUGAAGCGCCUCUCGGGCGCCCUGUGUGCCUCCUGCGCCCAGCACCGGGCGGCGAAGGACUCCUCGGCCUCCAGGAGCAAGCGGCCCUCGAACGGCUGCCAUGCCUGACGGGCGCAAGGGCUUGCUCUGACUGCGAGAUAAAGAGGCCCAGAUUGCAAAAAAAGCGUCCAGUCCAGGAGGGAAGGCACGCGGCCUUCCCAGGAAAGCCUGCGGAGAUCUGGAGGAGCCCGGGAUUUCUCGGGGCAC